AUGCGUAUUCAUCGACUUUCAGAAGAAAUAGCAAAUAAGAUUGCAACAGAUCCUGAUAAGUGUGCAGAUUUUAUGUCAUAUCUUGAGAGAUACUUGGAAUUUUUGUAUAGUAUUUUUGAUUCAGAGCAUCCAAUAAUCAACAACCCAAUAAAGAGCAAGGCUGUUGGGCGACCAAAAAAAAGAAGAAUCGGAUGUGAAAAAGAGAAUAUGUCCAUUGCUGCU